UGGCCCUGGCACCGGUGGCAGUGAUGGCCCAGGCACGGAUGGCAGUGGCCAGGGGGGCGGCAUGGAUGCCCACGGCGCCGGCUGGGGCAUCACCGUGGCCUCAACCCCAAAAUGGCACUGCUGACCGAGCACCUGCUGAAGCCGCUGCCCAAGGACAAGCAGAUGGAGACCAGGCCCUUCCUGGAGGCGGUGUCCCACAUGCCACCCUUCUUCGAUUGCCUUGGGUCCCCAGUGUUUAUGCCCAUCAAGGCAGACAUAAGUGGUAACAUCACAAAAAUCAAAGCUGUGUACAACAUGGACCCGGCCAAGUUCUGGACCCUGCAGAACAUCCUGGAGGCAGAAAAGGAAAUGUAUGGAGCAGAGUGGCUCAAAGUGGGGGCCACGCUGGCACUGAUGUGGCUGAAAAGGGGCCUCUGCUUCAUCCAGGUCUUCCUGCAAAGCAUCUGCGACAGGGAUCAGGACACUAGCCACCCCAACCUCAUCCACCUCAACACCACCAAGGCCUACAAGAUGGUGCUCAAGAAGUACCACAGCUGGAUCUUGCAGAUCUUCCAGGCAGCGCUGUAUGCCGGGCCCUACAAGUCCGCACUCUCCAAGGGACAGAACGUGAUGGAGGAGUGCCUGGAGAAGGUCCGCCUGUUCCUGGCCAAAUACACAGCCACCAUUGACAUCAUCUACAAGAUGAUGUAG